GAAGAAUUAAGAUUAGAUUGGAUGUUAUUGGCAGAAAUGGGUCCAAAUGCAGUCAUAAAUGAUUCCUGCGAUCUAGGAACUCGUAAUAUGGACCUUACUCAUAGAUGGGUUGAUGAUGCUCGACAAUGCUACUCUGAUACUGACCUCGCAAACGCCAACACUUUUAUAUGUCAAGCUUCUAGCUGUCAUGUUGAACCACUAAAAAUCAUAAUAUUAGGAACAGCAGGGACGGGUAAAUCAUAUCUUGUUAAUGUAAUUCGAUACACACUUCAUCAAAUAACAGAAAUUGGGUCUAAAUCACCAGUACUUGUGCUUGCUCCGACAGGUGCUGCAGCAUUUAACAUUAAUGGUAUGACGAUCUAUUCGGUCCUUUCAAUCGCAAUAAAUGAUGGCAAUGAUAACCUGGAUAUAAAUGGAGAACGAUUAAAACAGCUACAAAAGAGAUUAGAAGAUCAUCCUUCAGUUCUUCACUACCUUUUUGACAUGGGUGGCGUUCUGGAACAG